CUGCUGCUGCGGCCGCCACCGCCGCCGCCGCCGCCGCUGCAGGAGACCGGCGCGAGGACACAGGCGGAAAGGCCACCAUGGCGGAUGAAAUUGAUUUCACUACUGGGGACGCUGGGGCUUCCAGCACUUACCCUAUGCAGUGCUCGGCCCUGCGCAAAAACGGCUUCGUGGUGCUCAAAGGACGACCAUGCAAGAUAGUUGAGAUGUCAACUUCCAAAACUGGAAAACAUGGCCAUGCCAAGGUUCACCUUGUCGGCAUUGAUAUUUUUACUGGGAAAAAAUAUGAAGAUAUUUGCCCUUCUACUCACAACAUGGAUGUACCUAAUAUUAAGAGAAAUGAUUAUCAACUGAUAUGCAUUCAGGAUGGUUACCUCUCCCUGCUGACAGAAACUGGAGAAGUUCGUGAGGAUCUUAAAUUGCCAGAAGGUGAACUUGGCAAAGAAAUAGAAGGAAAGUACAAUGCAGGUGAAGAUGUACAGGUGUCUGUCAUGUGUGCAAUGAGUGAAGAAUAUGCUGUCGCCAUAAAGCCCUGCAAAUAAAUGGGAACAUCAGGCAUGAGCGAUUCUUAGGUCUGGACAUGUUGUACAGAUCUAAAGUUUGCGUCUACAUAAUUGUCACCAAAGCUAUGGCCCUCAUAAGCAACCUCAUUCUUUUUAUUGUUUUGAGAUUGUGCUUGGUUAGUUUGGCAGGCAUUUUUUUUAAAUAGGAAUCUUUUCUAUAUCAUUCCUGUGGUUUUUAGUGUGAGAGUAAGAAACAGACAAGACAGUUGUAGCAGAUAUGAUUUUGUCUGAACAAACUACUCCUGAAUUUUAGCUAAAUGGUUAAUAAACCAGGGUUCCAAUUCAAACUAUGUAGCAUUAGUGGUACUGAAGUACCACAUUGAGGUUGAAAUGCUCUAUAUUCAUUUCAGACUUGAUAUCCUAGAGUACAUAGACUGUGGGUUGGAAUUGUCACCAUUUGAACAAAUACAAAUACUUAAAAGUCAUGUCUAAAAGUCAUGUUAUCAAAAAGAGUUACCUUGGUGGCCACAUGGUAGCCACGUGAAUACCUCAAUCAUGCCAUUUCUUUGCCAGACUGUUGGCAGACUUAAUGCAACCUUAUUUGAUUUUGGUUCCUGCUUGGGACAAUUGAGUUGUAGGGGUGAAUAUGAGUAGGUCCGAUUACAAAGAGACAAAGGCAACAGUGGAGGAGGUUAUUAAACUGUAGGUUGUUUGAGACUCUUGUUUUUUGUGAAUUUUUUUUUGCUGGUUCUGGGGCUUGAACUCAGGGGUUGGGCUCUGUCCUU